CUUCAAAGGAUGGUACUGUACACAAUGAGCAACGUCGAAUCGGCGCUCUGGGAGGAUCUGUUCUGAGUUCGACUGAACGAGUGGAAUUAGGAGACUAUGCGAUGAAACGAUGAAACGAGCGAAGUGGCGACGACGACGCGAAUGUUGGGAGUUUGCGACAAGAGUGUCUAAAAGUUGGUCUUGGAUUGCGUGGGGGAAUGAAUGGUGGCGUGGCAGUGCCUUACUACUACCACUGUAGUUGUCCCACUAUACCACAAGUAUCCUGAUCGAUCGAGUCCUGGAUCGACGUCCAAGUAACGACAACAAAACCGGCUUCCCUCCGGAUGUAACAGUUCGCCGUCACUUUUUACCAUAACCGAAUCCCAGCAUCUCCAUGUACUUCUGUGCUUUUCCUUCUCUCGAAAUCAUCUCAUCAAAAUUCGAUAUUUUUUCAAAAGUGUAAGUCUGCCCGUUCGACAUUCGAGAUGAUGGAGUACCCGUCGCGAAAAGACUUGGAGUUGGUGCUCGAUGCCGGAGAAGUGCGUCUGUCAAAUGCCUGGCCAGAAUGCUGGAUUGUCACCAUGUGCCCAAGCAAACGAAGGAGUGACUGUCUAAAUGCUAUGGUGGACAAGGUGGGUUUCGAACUUGGCCUGCUGUGUACCAGAGCGACCGCAAAGGACUCGGAGUUCGACGUCGAUGUCAGCAAUAUACGGGUUUAUGGCACUGGAAGGCAAAACGCCGCUGCUUACAUGAAUUUCGACUCCAUGCUUAUGAGGAAUGUUUUGUGACAGAUCUUACGUUGGACGAUGACCUGCGAACAGGAUCACUGGCGGAACGCCGAUAAGAAUUACCUGUUAUUACUCCAGCGCUUUCCGGACCCGUCAAGUGUGAUGCAGUGGUAACGAGUUCGACGCUUCAACGUCGCAAGACUGUCAUAUGAGAGGAAAUAGACCUCACUGCAUCCGUCGUGUCGCGUUUUCCUGCCAGGAGCAUCCAGAUCAAAUCUCUACCACCAGUUUCUUCGCACUGACUCCCUGAGCCAAGAAGUCAACAGCCUUCUGGAUAUCUUGCAAACCAUGUCCCACCACAUGCGCUAGAGGCAUACACUUGAUCCUGUCCUCAUCCAAUGCUUUUCCAAGCCAUGUCCACACCGACUUGCCCAGUCCGCCCGUCACAGCAUUGGCCGCGGCCGCAAAGUUGGUGGUAAUCCGAACCCCCUUGGUGGCUUUGGCCUCGGCGCCUGGCAUCACCGCCGCGACCAGUUUUCUUCCCUCGGACCGGUCCAGGAUGUCGCAGACUGCAGCGAGUGUGUCAUCGGUUGAGAUGGCGUCAAAGGCACCCACGAGCCGUUUGCCCUGUAAGUUACGCACAAUAUCAUCAAUCAUCUUCGGGUCGUGGUGAUCGAAGCAAAGCUUCGCACCGAGCGAUCUGACCAUGUCGUGGUUUUUCUUACUGGCGACUCCAAUUACCUCGUAGCCUGCAAGCGUGGCCAACUGGACACCACAUGAGCCAACGCUGCUGCUGGCGCCCCAGACCAACAAGGUCUCAGUUUCGGUCUCCUCUUCUUUCGCCGGACUCUCUUGGGUCCUGUUGCCGCUGGGCAGUCUCAGGCCCAAACACUCAGGCGCAAAAAGACAAGUCGCAGAAGUAUUAACCGCCAGCGGUAGAACCGUGGCAUCCUCGAGUUUUGUCGAUGCUGGGAUCUUGGUGACGAAUGGCACCUUCAGGACCACAUAUUCCUGGAACGCCGAGUAACAGUAUAGUUUUUUGUCGUUCUCCUUUCUUUUUGUCCUAAGUGGACUCGCCUGGCCUAUGACUCUAUCGCCCGUCGAAAAGGCGUGGGCCAACGAAGAAUGGACUUCCACCACGUCCCCGGCCACAUCGCACCCCAGGAUGGCAGGAUAAUCGUCGUCGCUGGCCAACAGGAGCCCUUUGGCUUGGAUCGCCACGUCAGCCGGGUUGAUUGCCACGGCGCGCGCGCGGAUGACCAGUUCAUCUGUUUCUGGAGCCGUGUAUGGCGCCACAUCGACCACCAUGGUCGGUGACUGGCGGGUUGGAAGCCAUGCGGCGUGGUUGGUGGGCGUGGGUGUGAGUGAGGACAUGAUCGAUAAGCGACAGGCGGCCCGGGGUCAAGUUGUCGUUUUGUUUCCUUCUUUUCUGAGCUGCAGUGGGUUGAUUCCUCCUCGAAGGUGUGCUUGCCGAAGGCAGGCAGGUCUGGAACAAACAAAUGCUAACAUGAGAUUGCAAAGACGGAGGGGCAGCAACUGUAGCUGAGAUCUACAACUUCGACAAGGAGGAGGCGAGGAUGAGCAACUAGUAGUAUCUGUAGCUACCUCCAGCUUCGGCUGUACACAGAGAUACAGUAUACUCGCAGACAGACAGACAAGGAUAUAUACCCACCAUACCUACCUACCGGUAUAUUUUUACCCUGAUAGUUAUGAUAUAUAUCGUCACAUCACA